GCAUACCACGGCGCUUUUGCACAAGUGCCGCGAGGCCUCCCCUGCGCACAGAUUCCGCCGUGUACCUCAAUUCCCGAUGAAGCGCGCAAGACCCGACGCGUGGUGAUGGUCUCCGGCUGUUUGCGAGAAGACAGGUCUGCGAGGUGUACCGGAAGAGGUCGGGAUGGAUGGCCGGAAGACCCCAGUGAAAAGCUCCCACAAACUCUCUCUGCUCUCCUCCCCGGUUCGGGCCGUCAUUCGCCUCCGGAGGACGGCCCACAUCCUUAAGAAAGGCCUCUUGCCGGGGGACCCCCAAGCGAAGCUCCUCCAACGGCAGAUCUCCUUGGGCCGAGCCAAGGUGGGCGCUGCGUCCACCUCCCUCUUGGGCCAAGCGAGCUUUGAGAGUUCGAAGUAUUUCACUUUCGACACCUCUGCGCAGCCGACCCCGCAGAGAGGCAGCAAACGGAAGAAGAGGUGCAAGAACCCGAGGGUGCUGUACCCGGACAGUUCGAGGAAAUACCUCCCCGUAGAGCACAAGAGCAAAGCCAAGAGAUGCCUCCUCUUGCUGGUCGGCAUCGUUUGCUUCCAGAUCCUCAACGCCAUCGAGAACUUGGACGAUAACCUCCUGAAAUACGACCUGGAUGGGUUGGAGAAAACCAUGCGCCGCGAAGUUUUUGGGCAGGCGCUAGCGGUGGAGAACAUCAUAGGGCUGCUCAAAGAUUACCUGGCCACCCACAUCCACAACAAGCCGUUGGUGAUGUCCUUCAACGGCCCAAGCGGGGUGGGGAAAAGCCACGUCGGUUGGCUGUUAGCCAAACACUUCCGAUCGGUCAUGGACCACCAUUCCGUGCUCCACUACUUCACGAUGCACCGGUGCCCGGACCCCGCUUCCGUAUACGACUGCCAGUCAGAACUGUCCAAGACAAUCAGCGAUAUGGUAACCCAAGCCGAGAUCGAAGAGAAGAUCCCCGUCUUUAUUCUGGAUGAGGUGGAGUCCAUGUCCCCGGCUUUGCUGGAGACCCUCGGAGGGUUCUUCCAGAAGAACCAAACCAACGAGUUCCUCAACGCCGUCUACAUCCUCAUCAGCAACCUGGGCGGCGACGAGAUCAUGGACGUCGUUCUGCAGAACCUCCUGCAGCCCCAGGGAAAGAUGGAGGAGCUGAGGACGGCUCUCCGGCCCGUUCUCGGCCACCUCCACCCCCUUUGGACGACGGUGGAGAUCGUUCCGUUCACGCUGUUGGAGAAGAACCACGUCCAGAGCUGCUUCUAUGAGGAGAUGAUGAGCGAAGGCAUCUAUCCCGACCCGAGCCACAUCGAGCGCUUAGCCGGCCAACUCAACUAUUACACCCAAGGUGGGCAAGAGUUCGCCAUCAGCGGCUGUAAACAGGUGGUGUCCAAAGUGAAUCUAUUGUAAGGGCAGAGAUACAAAUCCCAGACCCAAGGUUUGCUUCCCUCUCAUUUGCGUUGUGGGGGACGCGCUUGUUUUCCCGGAGUGAGCAAGGAUGAGGGUGACGUAGUUUAAAAAUAUAUAUCGCCAGAACUUACACCUAGGAAGUGUGACUAAUCCAUAGCAGACAACAUCCAAAUGGUAUGGAUUAUUCACAGAAGUGAUUAACUCCUCUAAGUUACUACUUAACGAUAUGAGAACAUCAGAAGAGCCCGGCUGGAUCAGACCAAGGGUCCAUCUGCUCCAGCCUUCUGGUCACACAGUGGCCCACCAGCUGCCCACGAGAUACCCAAAGCAGGACAUGAGAGCAACAGCACCCUCCCGCCCAUGUUCCCCAACAACUGGUGCAUAGGCUUAAUGCCUGUGAUACUGGAGGAAGCACAGAGCCAUCAGGGCUAGUAGCCAUGGCUGGCCUUCUUCUCCUCCUCCAGGACUUUAUCCAACCCCCUUUUAAAGCCAUCCCAAUGGGUGGCCAUCACCACAUCUUGUGGUAGUGAGUUCCAUAGUUUAACUCUGCGCUGUGGGAAGAAGUCCUUCAUCCAUACGGAACUGCUACAAGGUCUCCCUUCUACUUCUCCUGCCUCCUGAUGACGGAGUUUUAUUCUUAUAGGGCAGGGAAGUGAGUUCAAACAAAUUUAGUCUGGAUUGAUCCCUGCACCCGUU